UCACUUGUCAAUUUUCUACUUCUUCAGAAGUGUCAGGCUCAGAUGGCAAGCAGGAGGAAAUAGCAUCCGCUUUAGAGCGGUUUGACCGCCAAUCAGUAUGAUUUCAACUUCGUAAACUUGCAUCGCCUUGUGAAAAGAUCUUCCAUUGAGUGGGAAGACAUCAGUUGUGCAAGACCAGGUCGCGGUGCCACAAUGAUCGGAAGACUGUCUGCUUUGAUUUUUCUCAGUAUGCUGUCUCAGACGAUAGGCAUACCUGACCAGAUACCUUUAACUGUGGCUGAACCUGGUGAAAAUUUUACCCUGACAUGCCCAGGCCCUGAAGAUCGAACUGGGAUGUUUUACUGGUUUAAGCUAAAGUUUGGAUAUGUGGUCCAAACUGUUGCGUCAGGAAGUUUUUACAAAGUAGAACUUCAAGGACAAUUUAAUACCUCAAGAUUUACUGUCCAAAAAAGGGAUGGUGUGUUUGUUUUGUAUAUCAAAAAUGUUAGCAAAGAAGAUGAAGCAACAUACAUCUGUCAAGCAGGAGCAACAUAUGUAAUGAAAUUUACACAUCAGAUGUUUUUUGCUGUGAAAGAUCAUAAAAAUCAGCACAAAUCUGUCUAUGUGAAACAAAGUCCCACGACAACAUCAGUCCAGCCGGGCGACUCAGUGACUCUCCAGUGUUCACUUCUCUUCAAGAACAAAACAAACGGAGUCCGGUGUCCAGGUGAACACAGUGUGUACUGGUUCAAAGCUGGAUAUGGAAAAUCCCAUCCAAGCAUCAUUUAUACACACAAUCACAGCAGUGAUGAACAAGAGAAAAGGAGCUGUGACUACAGUCUGUCUGAAACUAUAAGAGACUCCUCUGAUAAUGGGACUUACUACUGUGCAGUGGUCACAUGUGGAAAGAUACUGUUUGGUGAAGGAACUACGGUGGAGACAAGAGAAGAACUGUGCCCAUUUGUCAUUGUGAGUGGGACACUGCUCAUCUGCUGUGUGAUUGUGAUUGUUGCUCUUAUUAUCUGCAGAAAUCAAAGGUCAGUUUGUGGACAUUGCAAAGGAGAUGUAAGUGCUUCUGGUCAUGCUGACCAUGUCAUAUCAGCUGAGGACCACUUAAAUAACGUGGAUGGUGCAAUGGGGGAACUAAACUAUGUAGCGCUGGAUUUUACUUCAAGGAAGAGAGAGAGAUGGAUGAAUAACGAGGAGCCUUUGCAGGACUGCAUAUACUCUGGCAUGAAGGACUAUCAAUGAAGUCCUGCAGUCAUAAAAACUGAACACCUAACAUGCACAAUGUGAAAACUGAUUCACACAGCAGCGAUUCCUGUUUAGGUGAACUGAAUGAAAUGUUGGACUAUCAGAAUGAUUAGUUUGGGAGGAAGACAGUACUUAUAUUUUGUAGUGUUGCCUGUUUGAACCAAGAAAAGAUAAUUCUUAUUUUUGAUUAUUGUUUGAUAUGUCUCAAUAUUAUUAUUGUCUAUUAUUAUUAUUAUUAUUAUUGUAUCAGACUGAUUUUGAAUAAUCACUCAAACUCUGAAUAAAAUAUGAAGCUGAGAAACGCAUUUAUUCCCAUUUAUUCCCAAAUGUUUUUCUUUGUAUUGUGAUAUUUGACAUUUUGUCCCAGUUUCCCAGUUUUGCAAUGUGUCCUACUUCUAUGGGACCUGCAGAAAGCUUUUGACAUGUAUUGUUUAUUUGAUGAGAGAAUGAACUAAAACUGUACCAAAGACUGUUUCCUAGUUUUACUUAGUUAUUACUUUUAUGAGUUUGCUGAAUUAUUGUUUUUAGCAAAAAUUUAGAAUGUAAAAGCUGUAACCACAACCUGCGGGGCUCCCCAGUGUAGCGUGUUGGUGACAAUGGAUGCAUUGCUUGUAGUGAGCACAGGUAAAAUAUGUAAAUAUGGCACAGCCACAGUCCA